AUGAGCUUCAACCCUCCCAACCAACUAUGGAAUUCUCAGUUUGGCGUUCGCUUCGGGGCGCUUGCAUCGCUGCGCCAGGAAGCAAGUAAUACUACUGCUGUAUCUCAGUCGCUUCAUGCUUCUUUUUCUGUCCAGAGCGACGACGGUUGGUCCCAGACCUCUGUAAACUCAACGCAAACAAGUGUAUUCUCGGCCGCCGUGGUUCAAAGCCCACUGCCCCCAGCAUCCAGUUCAAAAGAUGUCGCAGCUUUUGAUACUCGACGGCCUAUUUCCCUCCCAGGUUUAGGCGUCGCGGCGGAUGCAACAGAUGCCAUCGCCACGGCUUCUUAUACUCAGCGGCCGACACAUGCUCAACGGCCGCCUAUUGCUCUCGCGGCCGAUGCAGCCAAGAGCGUCGCCACACCCAACAGUGGCUCUGGCACUGGCACAAAGAAGGCUGUCGAGCCGCCAUUUACACCACUAGAGUUCGCCAUCUCCAGAGAGCAGUUUCUGGCCGCUCGCGCUGCCGUUCCCGGCACUCCAGAGUCUCAUUGGUCAUAUACCAUGUACCACCGAAAUGGUGAAAAUGGGGCCGUUGACAACGUCAAAGUCCAUUAUUGUGAAAGUAAAUCAACCAUGGAGCGCGUAUGCGCAGAGUAUUUCCUAGACGAAGAUGUCAUUGGCUUGGAUCUAGAGUGGAUGUCAUACGCGAGGGCGGCGGAUGGGCCACGGCGUAACGUCUCUCUCAUUCAGAUCGCGAGCCCGAGUCGUAUCGCCUUGUUCCAUAUAGCAGUGUUUAAGUACGGUGCAGACCUUAUACCGCCGUCGUUUCGCAAAAUCAUGGAGAACCCCAAGGUGAGCAAAGUUGGCGUCAACAUCGGACCAGACUGCACACGGCUCAAGAACCACCUCGGCGUCAAUGUUCAAGGCAUAUUUGAAUUGAGCCAUCUCUACAGGAUCGUCAAGCAUUUCCCGCACCAGCGCCACUUGGUCCACAAAGGACUUGUAUCGUUGGCUGCUCAGGUCCAAGACCAAUUACUACUUCCUUUAUACAAAGGAGAGGUGCGGACUGGCAAUUGGAUGAGGCGGCUUAAUCCACAACAAAUUGACUAUUCCGCAUCAGAUGCCUAUGCUGGCCUCCAGCUUUACUACGUACUUGAAGAGAAACGAAAGAUGCUCGUUCCCUGUCCUCCCAGGCCUCAUCAUGCAGAGCUACGGCUGCCUAUUUCUCUCCCUGAUCCCCCAGAAGAAGCUAAGGAGAAAGUCGACGAAGAUGCUACUUUUGUAGCAGACCCUAAUAAUACGAAUGCUAUAUCUGAACCCAAGACUCCCAGACCUAGAGUUCCCAGACCUAGAGUUCCCAAGCCAAAAGCUUCAUCAACGGAAGCCGCAUCAACAGAGGCUACAUCACCAGAAGCCCCUACACCAUCCAAAGCAAGGUCGAAACGCUCAUUGCCUAAACCUAUACCUGUCGACACUAGAGAUGCGCGGGUCAUUGCGGCCGAGGUACAAAUGAAGGAGUAUCGUGCGGCCAAAACAACCGAGCUGAACACGCCCGCGCCGUGCCUCAGGGCGUACUACAUCUGGCAUCAAAACGAGGACCUCUGUCCUGGUGACAUCGCAGCGCUUCUGCGGGAUCCACCGCUGCUGACCAGCACUGUUGCGCAUUAUGUCCUUGACGCCAUAAAGGCCGAGAAUAUGCCUUAUCCUGUACUAAGAUUACAAAAGGAGGUGAUUCCUCAUAUCGACCUAAGCAAACCGUAUUGGCACAAGCAUGCAUCAUUGGUUCAAGAGUGUACAAAAUUAGCAGACGAGAUGAAGCGGGAUAUAGAGAAAGCAAACGAGACAAACGAGUGA